AUGGCUAUACACCGAUUUAUAUUUCUUGUCAUUAGUUCUGGUAUUUACGUAUUGCUUAUUAACUCUUGUUCACAAUUAGCAUCGUGUGCAACCGAGAACGAUGCAUGUUAUCAAUCUUCUACUGGUUGUGUAAAUCAUCCAUAUUGCCGUUAUGUCCCUGUCUGUUAUUCAUCGUUGAUGGCCACAAAAGGAAUACGCCCAGUCAUACAAUAUUCAACAAGGAUACCCAACAUUCCAGCUGGGGCACGAUGGAUGCAGAAUGGGGUGAUCAUUGCUGGAAAUCAUGGCGAAGGCUUUAACACCAACCAAUUCUCAGAGCCAUUAGGUCUGUUCGUUGAUGACGAUGAAACGAUGAUCAUCGCUGAUAAUUGGAAUCAUCGUAUUAUUCAAUGGAAGAAGGGUGAUACAGAUGGAACUAUACUUGCUGGUGGUCAUGGUGAAGGAAAUCGAUUGAAUCAAUUGAACUCCCCAACUGACAUGUUAGUUGACAAAGAGACGAAAAAUCUCAUUAUAUGCGAUCGUGGCAAUCAGCGUGUUGUACAGUGGUCUCUUCGUAGUGGUACAAGUAAAGGAAAAGUCCUUCUUGACAAAAUAUUUUGUUACGGAUUAGCUAUGGAUGAUCAGCGAUAUCUCUAUGUUACUGAUAUUGGACAAAAUGAAGUAAGACGAUAUAAGAUAGGAGAGAAAAAUGGAACUGUAGUGGCUGGUGGCAAUGGCCCAGGUGCUGAUCUCAAUCAACUCGAAGAACCAAUAAAAAUCUUCGUCGACCAAAAACAGACUGUCUACAUAUCAGAUAAUAGAAAUCAUCGUGUAGUGAAAUGGAACAAAGGCGCCAAAGCAGGAAUUGUCGUCGCUGGAGGUCAAGCAGAAGGAGAUGCUUUGACACAAUUAUUUAGUCCCAUUGGACUAGUUGUCGAUCGAUUGGGCACCAUCUAUGUGGCAGAUACUUGGAAUCAUCGAAUAGUGCGUUGGCCUAAAGGUGCAAAACAGGGUACUGUUAUUGCAGGGAAAAUUGAUUCAAAUGAAGGAGAAAAUCAAUUCGAAUUCCCCGUGGAUUUGUCCUUCGAUCGAGAUGGCAACCUCUAUGUAGUCGAUUGGGGUAAUCAUCGAGUUAAACGAUUUUUCAUUGAAAAGACUCAAAACAAUAGUUAA